AUCUCCCCUCUCCUCUCACCCACCCAAGAGGUCAUCUCCUCUGCCCUCCCGCACCUUAUCUUACUCGUUUAAAUACCUGGACUUCUUGGGGAGAGAAACGGAGGAGGUAGAGUUAGGAGGGGGGAGAGAGAAACAAUAUGGCACUGUUGCAGCAGCAGAGCCUGCCCGGCAUUGGCUGCAGCAGCAUCUUGGCACGAGCAAAGGUGCAGCGUCUGGCAGCGGCGUCGCAGGCGCCUCGUCUACCUCUCCUCCUGCGAGUCAAUGGCGGCAAGAAGGCUCAUUCCCCUAUCCUUAAGACUGGUAAUGCGAUAAGCUUGAGCCAAACGAGAGGAAGGGACCUGUGCGUCGUCGCUGAAGCGAGCGCGGCGGCCAACGUCACACCGGCGUCGCCUCGCAGCGUCAGCAUCAGCGAUGUUGUCUGGCCUUCCGCUGGUGCAUUCCUGGCAAUGGCAAUACUGGGAAGACUCGAUCAGAUGCUGGCGUUCAAGGGAGUAACAUUGACGAUUGCGCCCCUUGGAGCAGUCUGCUGCGUGCUUUUCAGCGCUCCAGACUCGCCCGCAGCCAAGAAAUAUAAUAUGUUCAUUGCCCAGAUUGGUUGUGCGGCAUUUGGUGUAUUAGCCCUUUCAUUGUUUGGGCCCGGCUGGUUAGCAAGAGGUGCAGCUCUUUCUGCAUGCAUAGCAUUCAUGACCAUAACAGGUGCCUCACACCCUCCAGCUGCAAGCUUGCCCCUCUUGUUUAUUGACGGCCCAAAGUUUCACAAUUUGCAAUUUUGGUACGCACUUUUCCCUGGAGCUGCAGGUUGCGUCAUUCUUUGCUUGAUUCAAGAGGUGGUGGUUUACCUGAAGAAGAACUUCAAGUUUUAAUACUAGCAAUGUAACUUCAUGGCUUAUUGUAGCAGGGAUCUGAUUAAUUAUUCAAACCUGUACCAUAAAAUACUGGACCUGCAUUGCAAAAAGUUAAAAACAUAUAGAUUUAGUCUC